AUGGCAUACCCAAGCCUUCUCGGAAUACCGAUCUUCGGGAACGAUGAGGCCGACCGUGGGGAGGGGUCGACGCCAGCCCAGCAGCCCAUACAGAGCAUCGUCAACAAACGGGACACAGCGGAUACUCACAUAUCGAACUACAGACCACCUCGAGUGUCUGCUGCUCCAGAAGACGAGGCUGACGCUCAAUCUGCGAGAAGAGGCAGCCGUACGUUCAGUUACGGCCCAUUGCGAGUUUCCUCGGCACCGCCGGCAGACGAUCAGGACUCCAUUUUUCGUACAAUCAUCGAGCUUAAGAGCGCAGCGCCGCGUGAUGCUGGUAGAGCCACUCGCACGUCUGGCGAUGAAGGCUGCAAGCAACCCACCGCGGCUCGCAAGUUAUCGCCCCCACCCGCGCCGCUCCAGGCGUCUCCGGCACCCACGGAUGACGACGGGUUCGAAGCAGCAGCAGCGAUAGGAGAUUUUGAAUCCGACCGUGAAGGCUUCACGCCGCCGUAUGACGGAAGACGCUUCGACUGCACCAGCGGCUUGGAUGAUCGACGGCACAUUGAUAAGGGUAAAGGGGUCUGUAUCGAUGUGGCCGCACCUGUCCCGUCGAUGAUGCCGCCUGGUGGAGGCACUGCUCGCAUCACACCGGAUCCAAGUGACGUGGAAAAUGUGGACCACAUACCCCUGGAAUCGGAUGAUGAAGAGAGCUACAUCUGGCGUGCAGAUGAGCCUGAACAACAGGCAGGUCCUAGGGGACAGAAACGCCAUACAGAUUACGGCGCUUCCGGUAGAGGCAAUACAGAGCCUCAAGGGCGAUCAAGCGCUCAGGGAGAUAGAUCAGGGGAUCCCGCUCAAGCAAAACGGCCUCGUCUGACAGAUGAAUCUCCCUUGCCCGAGCAUCUGCUACAUCCCCUUGGUCCUGGGAAAGAGCCUGACAGUUGGUUGCCAGUGCCAGUAUCUCGCACAACAACAGUACCAGCGCCGGAGCCGGAAACACCAGAAGAGCAAUCCAACCGUCCUUCACGGAGUCGUCGGACAAGCAAGCCGAAAACGCUGCGCCCUGCCACAUACCACGCCUUCAUCAAGGAGCUCUACAAGGCGCCGGACGAGAAGAUGAUGCGCAUCAUCAAAUGCCUCGAAAGGUGCAAGCACCCGAACACGACUAAGGCCGAGGGGAGCGCGGCGAUGCGGCUGGCGCAGCGGCUGAUGGCGGACCACAACGUCGCUGAAGCCGAAGUCCUCAGCCACAUGCCGGUCGAGGAACAGGCCAGGCGUGCUUCUAGGAGUGUCGUGUCUGUGCGGCGAGUCGUCGAUAUCGGAAAGGAGAUCCGGCUCGGGGCAUUUGUCUGGCCGCUCUCGAACGCGAUGGGCAUCUUUUUUGACUGCAAGUCUUACAGCGGCCACCGUACCGACGCGAGGGAGUUUACUUUCUACGGUAUCGCGGAAAAUACGGCGUUUGCAGCCGAGGCAUUCAAGAAUAUCCACAACCUCAUAGCGGAAUGGGCGAGAAGUGAGAAAGGCUCGCACCGCAGGGACUAUUGUAUUGGAGUCGCGGAGGAGCUUGAAUACGAAGCUACAAAGGCGAAGACGGAGGAGCUUCAUCUUGCGGAGAGAGCAGAGGCGGAAAAGCUGGCGGAAAGAGAGGAAGAGGAGCGUAUUCAGCGUCAAAGGGAAUUGGAUCGCCUUAGGCCGUUGGGAAGUGAAUCCGAGGAAGCGCCUGAGGCUUCUACAGCCCAUGGCACCACAGGGUCCUCUGGCCCUGACAUUGUGGAUCUCAUGGAGGAUACGUCCGACAGUGAUCCUGAGAGCUCGGCAUCCAGCCGCAGGGGUCGUGACAGUAACGGCUUGCUCGACACUGACAAUGACGUUGACAUGGAGAGCGGAAGCAGCGAAACUAGUAGCGAUACUGACAGCAAGAGCGAGGGCGGCAGUGACGUGGACUGCGCCGACGUUGUGGAGACGGGAGAGACGGAAGACGAUGUCCUGAAUCUACCUUCGCCUAUGCCUCCGCCGCCCGUGCCAUCACUAGGUCGAGCGACGUCGGCUCGCGAGGAAACGCCGUGGGAGUCACCCGGUCAACUUAUUGCUUUUAGACAGCGUGCUACUUUGGUCGCUGAAGAGUACCUCAAACGGAAUGGAAUCACGUUGACAACCGCCCGGCCACCGGCACCUGUUCGGAAUUGGGCAGCCUGGCGGAAGGGGAAAGAGGAUAGUAAGAAGAUCAAUGUCCGCGAACAGGCACAGAGAUGA